UAUUGAUAGAGUAGUAAUUAACCUUUAAGCACAUUUAUGAGACACCCGCACACUUAGGAAAUAUUAUAAUUUAUUUAAAUAAAGUUUGUUCAAAAAAAAAUCACAUUCAAACAUCGUGUAAAUAUUUACAGUACCAAGUAUAAUGCUUAGUAAUAAUUCAACAGUAUCAAGUAUAACGAUUAGUAACAGUUCAAUACCUUCUACUUCUACAGCAUUACCUCCUGAUGUCGCGAUUCCAUUGGCAACAUGCUUUAUUUUAAUUAUAAUUGCUAGUAUUCUAUUCAAUACUAUUCUCAUAUUUGUUAUAUUGUCUGAAAGACAUUUGCAAACAAUAACAAACGUUUACAUUAUCAAUCUGGCGGUUGGUGACAUGCUUCUUGCAAUAGCAGUUGUGCCUUUUGACGCUGACUUCAUGUUAAGAGGAUACUAUCCAUAUGGAACAGUAUUGUGCGGUAUUAAGGAAGUUUUGUUUAUUUUUUCUCUCCCUUCGGCUGUUUUUAAUCUUUUUUUACUGACAUUAGAAAGAUUUGUAUCGGUUUACUUUCCAUUCAAAAGAAUACAAUAUUUUUCGAAGAAAAAUGUAUUUAUAUCAAUAUCAUUUAGCUGGAUCUACACAAUAAAUGUUGGCUUAUUUCCUAUCUAUUAUAAUGGACCGUCAGCCAUAAAGGUUGUCGGCAAGGUCUGUCAAAUGGAAUUUUCAAACAAGUUUGCAAUUUACCUAAUUUCAGUUAACUUUGUUCUUCCAGUCCUUAUAAUGGUUAGCAUGUAUUUUUCAUUGUUCUUAUUAGCUCAUAAACACCAAAAACAAAUUCAAAGAUUAUCAAUUAAUUCUUUACGAAAACAGUCAAAUUCUUUUCAAAAAAACUUAAAAGCUGCUAAAACCAUUUUCUUACUCGUUGGCAACUUUUUAGUUUGCUGGGUAAGUUUUAUAGGAAUAGCAUUAUCUAAUCUUAUUUGUGGUGGGUGUCAUCCAAGAGAAUUAACUUGGAUCAGCAACGUAGUAAAUUACUCAAACAUUGUUUUUAAUCCUAUAAUUUAUGGAAUGUUAAACAAAACCAUACGCAAAGCUAUUUACAAAAAACUAUUUCAAAUUUUUAGCUGUUUUUGCAAAACGCAUUACCAGAAUUAUAUAAUGAGACAAAUAGAAUCAAAUACAAGUUGCACUUAUAAUUCACCUGGAGUGAGUAAACAUAACACAAUAGGAAUGCCAUUAACACUAUUUGGAAAAGAUAGUCAUAAACAAAGCUAUGAAAGUGAAGCCGAUACAUUAUUAUGAAUAGCAAAAAAUUAACAAAAUAAAAACUAUUUAAAUUUGAU